AUGUCCCUCUCUUUCUUUGUCUAUAUUCUUUUACUUCUUCACCUUCUAUAUUCUUCCUUUACCUCCACCCUCUCUCUAUAUCCUCCUUCCUCUUCCCGUCUAUAUUCCUCCUUCUCUUCCUCCUAUCUCUCUAUCUUCUUUCCUCUUUUCCUUUCUAUAUGCUUCCUUCUCCUCCUACCUCUAUACAACCCUUCCUCUCUUUCCUUCCAUAUUCUUCCUCUACCCCCACCCUCUCUCUAUAUCCUCCUUCCUCUUUCCGUCUAUAUUCAUCCUCUUCCUCCUUACUCUCCAUAUUCUUUCCUCUUUUCCUUUCUAUAUGCCUCCUUCUCCUCCUACCUCUAUAUACUCCUUCCUCUCUUUUCUUCUAUAUUCUUCCUCCUCUUUCGCCUUCUGUCUCUAUAUCCUCCUUCGUCUUUUCCCGUCUAUUUACCUCCUUCUCCUACUCUUCCCGCCUCUCUUCCUUCCUCUUUCCUUCUGUAUUCUUCUUCUUCUUCUUACUCCUCCUCCUAUAUAUCCCUCCUCUCUUCCCUUCUAUACUCUUCAUCCUCUUCCUCCCCCUCCUCCUAUCCCUAUGUCCUCCUUCCUCUCUUCCCUUCUAAACAAAGAUUUCCCUUCUCCUUUUCCUGUCUUCAUAUCCACUAUUCUCGUUUAAAUUUUCCUCCUCCUCCUUCUAUCUUUAUGUCCCUUCUACAUGCUUCUUCCCCCCCAUCUCUAUAUCCCCCUUCCUCUUUUCCCUUCUUUAUUUCCCUCCUCCUUUCUCCCCCAGUUUUCUUUUUUGACUUCUUCGUCUUCAAUCUAGAACUCUUCCUCCUCCUCCUACUACUACUCUUACUCCCUCUAUAUUCGCCUUUUUACCAAUUCAAAGUUUCCUCUUCUGUAAUUCUCGCACCACUACUACACACUCUUUCCCCUGCAGAUUUUUUUCUUAUUUCUUGUUUUCGACAUGCUCCCAUUUUUUUUUCUAUCCUCUCCAUCGGCUUUUCUUUCUCUUUGUUUCUCAUUGUCACGAUGACGUCACAUAUUGUUUAA